UUCGCCGCCAUUUGUAAUUUACGUUUGAUCGUUGUUGAAUGAGUGCUUAUUUCCCCCGCUGUGACGAAAUUAAAAAGAUUACUUCGUGUUUUACUGAUAACAUAAAAGCCGCUGAAGAUGUCCUCGAUGAGCGGUGAUGAGAAUGAAGUUGUGGAAAAUGAACCUGUCAGGAGAACGAGAUCCGGUCGUGCUUUGAAAGCUCCAGUUUCAACAAAAAAGACGCCUACCAAAAAACCUGUUACUAGAGCAACAAGAACUCAAAAGAAAGCUUUAGCAGAAACUGAAAUCAUAGAAGAAUGUACUACAGUAAUUGAGGAAGUCGAUGAAACUGAACCUGUUCCAGAGAACGGAAUGAAAGACUUGCAUCAAAUUGUCAUUGAACCUUACGAAGAAAGUGCAUCAUCCUUGCCGAUAGAAUCUGAAGAAGUCACUGAUUCACAAGAUAUUCAAUACGAAAAUAUUGAACAAGAAAUCCAAAGUGUUUCGGAGCUAGACUUACCCCAAUCACAAAUUGAAGAAACCGAGGAUAAAAUGAUAACAAUAGAAGAAAGUAGUUUAGAAAAUAUGUUAGAACCACAAGACAGUAAUUUAGGUGAUGAAGGAAUGAAUGGUGGACACUCAGAUGCAAACGAAAGUCCUACGAUUGAAUUUGAAGAUGUUAUAGAUAAUAUAGAGUCAUCAAGAGCCAUAAUAGAAACAGAGGAGACUACAAAUACAAAUCAAGAAGGAGUUGUCGAAGAGUUAAUGGACGUAGACGAGACCGUACAAGAAAUGUUUGAAUGUACUGAUGUUCCGGUUGAAGAAAGUUCUCAGAAUGAUGUAGUAGAGGCUUUAGAAGAAGAACCAACUGAAGAAGUAUUGGAUCAAGAAAUCCCGGAGGAAGUUGAAGCAAUUGAAACUAUCGAAGAAGAUGCUGAAAAAACAGAACCUGAUACGGAAGCUGUUUCUGAGGAUGAAUUCCCUACUGAGGCAGCUGCUAAGGAACCAGAAACAGAAGCAGUAUCAGACGAAGAAUUGCCAGCAACUGCUACAGCAGACCUCGGUGAAACCGAAUCUGUGUCUGAUGAUGAAUUGCCACCAGAUAGCGAAAAAAAGCGACGAGCAGCAGCUAAGAUAUCGGGGAAAACACCGGAAACAAAAAGUAAAACAGACGUAGGAGCAAAAAGAAAAUUAAAUGCAGAAGGUGAAUAUGAUCCAAGUUCACCAACAUCUGAAACAAAUGACGAAACUCCUGCAAAGAAAGCUGCUUUAGCAGUUGACACUGAAACUAAUGAAAAACAAGAAACAGCUCCUGCAUCACCAAAGAAAAAAACACUUCCUGAAUUGGAUAAAUAUUGGAAGGCAGUUAAUGAAGAUCCAUCUGAUUUUACUGGAUGGACUUAUUUAUUGCAAUAUGUGGAUCAAGAGAAUGAUGCAGAAGCAGCCCGUGAGGCCUAUAAUAAGUUUUUGGAACGUUAUCCAUACUGCUACGGGUAUUGGCGGAAAUACGCCGAUUAUGAGAAGAAGAAAGGAGAUCCCGAUAACGUUCAAUUGGUGUUCGACAAAGGUUUGAAAGCUAUUUCACUCAGUGUUGAUCUUUGGCUACAUUACAUCAACCACUGUAAGACUGUCUAUGAGAAGGAUGAAGAUAAAAUGCGUGAACAGUAUGAGAGAGCCAUUGAUGCUUGUGGAUUAGAAUUCAGAUCUGAUCGUCUUUGGGAUAAUUACAUCAAGUGGGAACUUGAAGGUAAAAGAUUGAACCGAGUUAUGGCUCUCUAUGAUCGUCUACUUUGCACACCGACUUUUGGAUACACACCAUCAUCUACAUAUACACCAACACCUGGAUGCACAUCACAUUUUGACGCGUUUCAAGAAUUCGUACAAUCCAAUAGUCCAAAUCGCAUUCUAAGUGUUGAUGACUUUCUAGCAUUAAGAGCAGAAGUUAAAGCAUUAUUAAAAUCGGAAGAAACACCAACAACUACACCAUCAGAUGAUGUUCCACCUGGUGAGGAUCUUCCACCUCAUGAAGCUCCACCAACUGAUGAAGAAACACGUCUCAUACGAGAGAAAAUCAUCAGCAGUAGACGAAAAAUGCACAAAGCUAAUGCUAAUGCUGUUACUGCAAGGUGGACCUUUGAGGAAGGAAUUAAAAGACCUUACUUUCAUGUUAAACCUCUUGAACGAUGUCAGUUGAAAAAUUGGAAGGAAUAUUUAGAUUUUGAAAUUGAACAGAAAGAUGAAAAGCGUAUAAUCAUAUUAUUCGAACGAUGUCUUAUCGCGUGUGCACUUUAUGAUGAAUUUUGGCUCCGUUUUGUACGUUAUUUAGAGACAUUAAAAGGUGAUAAUACAGAUAAAAUAAGAGAUGUUUAUGUUCGAGCGUGUACAAUUCAUCAUCCUAAAAAACCAAAUCUUCAUCUCCAGUGGGCUACUUUUGAAGAAGGAGAAGGAAACUUUGACAAAGCUGCUGAAAUCCUUGAAAAUAUUGACAAUGUUAUGCCAAACAUGCUACAGAUUGCUUAUCGUCGAAUAAAUCUAGAACGUCGUCGAAAUGAUUUAGACAAAGCAUGUACCCUAUAUGAGCACUAUAUUAGUAACAGUAAAAAUAAGACUAUUGCAAAUAACAUUGCUGUUAAAUAUGCUCGCUUUCUAUUUAAAUUUAAAAAUGAUAUUGACAAAGCAAUCAAAGUUUUACUUAAAGCUGUGGAUAAAGAUAAGGAAAACCCUAGAUUAUAUACACAGUUGAUAGACCUAGGACUUCAGAGAAAUCCAGUAGAUACCAAUGAAGUUGUUGGUUAUAUGGAUAUGUUCAUUGAUCGUGAACAUGCUGAUCUUGAACAAAGGGUUUUAUUUGCUCAACGGAAGGUUGAAUUUCUUGAAGAUUUCAGUCCUGAUAUUAAACAAGUUCUCAAAGCUCAUGAACAAUUCCAGAAAUGUAUAAAACAAGCAAAAGAACGGAAGAAAGCGAAAAGGGAAGACACUAAAACCGAAGCCUCACCUCCAAAGAAGCCAAAAACGACAGACCCAUCAACAGCACCUCCACCGCCAUCAACGAAUACUCAAUCGACUUAUCAAUACAGUAGUGGAGCAAGUGGGACUUACCCAUCACAACAACAAUUUCAAGGUGGUCAGUAUGGAAAUCAAAGUGGUUAUCAACAGAGUUAUCAACAAUAUCCUCCUCCAUCAGAUCCAAACUAUGCUAAUUAUCAAAACUGGCAGUACAGUCAAGGUGGACCGCAAGCUUAUGGACCAUAUAAUCAGUGGGGGUCAUAUAAUUAUUAUUAAUUUCCCUUUUUUGAUAAAUAAAAAAAAAACAAUAACAACUGCGCUAAGUGACACAAUACCUCUGUAAAUUUUAAUAAUUUCAACAACAAAAAAAAAGUGUAUUUCAUUGAAUUUAUUGCCUAGCAGUGAUAACAAACAAAUUGUGUGAAAGAAUAUAUCACGUCAUCUCAUCUUUCAAUCAUCAUUGGGAUGUUUAGAUUUAAUUAAAAAUUAGUUUCUGACGCAAUUAACUUUCUAUAUUUCGACCUUCGUAUUCAGAAGUUCGUUAUUAUUGUUACUGAUCAGAUUUUAACGAAUGAAGAAUUUCAAGAGAGUACAUGAUCAUCGAAAUUUAAUAUUUAAGAUCAAUAACAAACAAAAAAUAUCUCUUUUACAUCUUAUUGUAUAAAUAUUACUUUAUCAUUUGAUAGAGUAACCCUAAUGAAUAUUCAGAAAGUCAUUUUAACCAUUAUUCGUAUUAAGUUACCGUCUUAUAGACAUUUAAUUGGAUAAUAAAUGUAUUUCAAAAUUAAAAAAUAAUUUGAUUGAAAUACUUGUGAAACCGAAAAAUAAACUAGAUCGUACAUUGAUAUUUCAUGUUUAUUGAUACUAUUUUUUGGUGACAUUAGAUUAUCAAUAUUAACAUAAGUAUGGAAACAAUUUUGAAAUCAAACUUGUUCUUUAUCAAUGGAUUGAUACAUACAUUUUGGUAAAAAAUAUAAUUUUUUUCGUUAAUAAAAUUCAGUAUCAAGUAGUAAUACUCUGUUAUAAUAAAGAGUUAUUACUUACUAAUUGUAAAAAAUUUUAAAGUACAAAAAUAAUCCUGAAACAUAAUCUCUACAGUUAUAGCUGUACAAUUUCUUGGCAGUUUAGCCCCCAGGUGUAAAUCAAAUUGUUUCAAAUUUAUUUUGUUUUAACAUUUUUCAUUAUCUCAUAAUGAAUAUAAAUUAUAAAUACAUAGCGAUUUAAUAAUUCUAGUUAUUUUACUAUUUGUAUCAUUAUCAUUAAUCUAUCAUUUAAAAGCGUAAUCUAAAUUUGAAAAUUUCAAAAUAUUAUUAGUCUGUUGCUAGUAAAGUCUCUUGAUAAAAAUAUCUGCAUAAUUAAGUUAGCAAUGCUUUAUGAAAACAAAAUAUCAUCAUCAGUGAAAAAAAUAUUAUUUGAUAUUUAUUUAGUGAUUCUUUCAAAAUCUGUCGGACGAAUUUUUCUCCGAAUUGUACAUAAUUUGUAAGGAAUAUAAUCACCUGUAAGACAUUAAGUUUUAGUUACUGUUGUAUCUAAUUGCACCAGAAGUAUCUUUAUUAGUUGCUUUUUGAAUUGAAGUGAUCUUUAAUUCAAUGCCAUAUGUUUUUGAUAGUCUGAAUCACUAGCCUCUUGAUUACCUCAUCUGCUAAUAAGCUCAGAUCUUGGUUCAAGUUAAAAUUGAUUGCAUUGUUUUAAUUGAUGAUUAGCAAUCACAUAAGCUUUAUAAUAUUCGAUUUCUAUAAUACAUCAUUUUAGUAACCAUGAGUUCUUAGUACAUGUAAGAACUAGGGCUAUCAAUACAUUAAAGCUGUAUAACCGUCUUGUUCUAAAUAUAAUAUUAAUGAUAUUGUAAUUUUAUUUUAUAAGAAGAAAUAAAAAUGAAAUUAGCAAUUGAA